UGCUCAUCCGGUGCGUUACGUACUACAGAUACACAUUGAGAGAGAGAGAGAGAGAGAUUUGAGAGAGAUGGCAGGAGUAGAAGAGGGACAGCUAAUAAGUUGCCACACCAUUGAAGCAUGGGAAGAGCAGAUGCAGAAAGGAAAUGACUCCAAAAAACUGAUAGUUGUUGAUUUUACUGCUUCCUGGUGCGGUCCAUGCCGUAUUAUGGCGCCAUUCUUGGCGGAGCUGGCUAAGAAACUACCUUCCGUUACCUUCCUUAAGGUGGAUGUGGAUGAAUUAAAGUCAGUUGCUGCAGAUUGGGCUGUGGAAGCCAUGCCAACUUUCAUGUUCCUGAAAGAAGGGAAGAUUGUGGACAAGGUUGUGGGAGCGCAGAAAGAGAUGGUGCAACAGACGAUCGCCAAACACAUGAACACCUCUACAUCUGCAAUCUAACUCAUCUGUCGUCCUUGAGAUAUGCAGUCUCAUCUUGUGUUGCUACUCUUUGUAUUAUGUUUUCUUCAUAAUCUGCCUGAUAUGACUUUUAAAUUCCUUAAGCUAAACGACUGAUAUAUUUGAACCUUAAUUUUCAGUUC